GCUGAGGCCCCGCUGCCUCCGAGCGGACGAUGCUCGGGACGUGGCUCCGCGCCGCGCGCUGCGCCGAGAGGCUGCCCCGGGGCCCCUGGGCGCCGCGUCCCCGCCUCGCCCCGACGACCCGGCCCCGGGGGCGGUGGGCGCCGCGAGAGCCGCCCGGCCUCGGCCGCAGGAGCCUCUGCACGCGGGAAGCGGGCGCCCGCCGGCCGGAGCGGGACGCGGCCGAGCAGCUGCCGGGGCCCCGGGGCCGCCCUGAGGUCGCCGCCACGACCGCCGCCCAGAGAGUGAAGGCGGCCGGCAGGGACGUCACCUACCUGACUGUCGUGCUCCUGGGCCUCGGAGUCACAGGGGCCUUGUUGUACGCCAUCUUCAAGGAGCUCUUCUCGUCCUCCAGUCCGAAUAAGAUCUACGGGCGGGCCCUGGACAAGUGCAGGUCGCACCCCGAGGUGGUGGCCGUCUUUGGGGAGCCCGUGAAAGGCUUCGGGGAGGCGACCCGCCGUGGCCGGAGGCAGCAUGUCAGCUUCCUGGAGCACGAGAAGGACGGGCUCAAGCAUGUGCGCGUCAAGUUCUACAUCCAGGGCUCGGAGCCGGGCAGACGCGGCACAGUGCACCUGGAGGUGAAGGAGAACCCCAAGAGUGGCGAGUAUGAGUUCCGGUACAUGUUUGUGGAAGUCGACUCGUACCCGGGAAGAGUCAUCGUGGUGGAGGAUAACCGCUCCUGAGGCCUCGAGAAGCCGGCAGUCCCGCGCACCGACCGGGUGCUGACCGACGUGCGCCCCGCGGCUCUCCCCGCCUCCUACAGCUCCUGCAGCUCCUGCAGCUCGGGAGGAAGCUGGAGACCUCGUGGCUGGCGGGUGGGCUCCCUGGAGGGAGCGAGAUGCUGUGCGGCCUGGAGAGCCAGCAGGUCUUUGGCGGGUGGCACUUCGCCCCUGCCGUCAGCUCUCAGCUUUUAGUGCUCAGAACCUCCCUCGAGAAUCAAGAAGCCAGAGCUCCGCGUUGGGUGAUUCUGAUACCGAAUCACUGUAAAGUCUGGAGUGAAAUUAAAGACGAGAAACCGA